ACUGGUGGAAGACGGGAGCGGGCGGCUUCUUUCCUUCUGUCGUCUGGAGGCUUGGCAGCGAUCGACCCUCAGACAUGCUUGUGUUUCGGGGGAUUCCAGGGUCGUGUGUCGGUCUCAUCUGGCUCCAGGCGGACGAGGAUUGCAGUUCAUGAGCGGCUCUCCUGGGUGGAGGCAGGAGUCCUGGGAAUACAGUUGUUUAUUUCUCAUUUUCCAGGGCGGAACAACAGCGCCCUCGUGUGGCUGGCGCGGACAUGCCCCUGCAGCAGGCCUUGCUCACCGCCGCGUCCCUCCUGUGGUGGGUGGCGGGCGCCGGGGCGAUGCCUGACCCGGCUCAGAGGGACCUGCUGAUGCGGCAGGAGGCCUCGCGGCAGACCGGCGGGCGGGUGGCCUUGAGCAAGGCGGAGCAGAAGCUGGACUCGUACCUGCACCAGCUGAAGGAGCAGGAGAUGGCGGGCGCCCUCUUCCCGCCGGCGCUCCACUUCUUCAAAGCCAAGCCGCUCAUCCAGAGGAGCCGGAUCUUCCAGCUGCUGCAGAAGAUGCCCAAAGGUGCCGCCCUCCACAUCCACAGCUCAUCGCUGGUCAGUGCAGAGUGGCUGGUGAAGAACGCCACCUACAGGCCAAACUGCUACAUCUGCUUCACCUGGGACAGCUCGGUCCGGUUCCUGUUCUCGGACCGCCAGCCCUUCCCCCGCUGGGACUGCUUCUACUGGCAGCUGCUGCAGAACCUGCGGUCCAAACUCCCAGACCCGGCCAGUUUUGACGACAGUCUCCUGCAGCAUCUGACCCUGGUGACGGAGGACCCGGACGGUCAGUACCCCAGUCAGGAUGUGGUGUGGGACAAGUUUGAGAAGGCCUUCAUCGCGGCGGCAGGUCUGGUCACCCAUGCUCCUGUGCUUCGUGACUACCUGUACCGAGGCCUGGAGGAGCUGCACCUCGACAACAUCUUGUACCUGGAGCUGCGGAGUGGACUGUCCCGGACGUACGAGCUGGACGGAACCAUCCACGACAAGGUCUGGACUCUGCGCUUGUUUCAGGAGGUGACCAGGAAGUUUGUCCAGGACCAUCCAGAUUUCCUUGGGGCCCGGAUCAUCAUCUCAGUCCACAGAGCUCUGAGCGUCCCUGAAGUCAAAACGGCCGUGAUGGAGGCCAUCCAGCUGCAGAAGACCUUCCCGGAUGUCGUGGCAGGAUUCGACAUGGUCGGCAGGGAGGACGCAGGGAGGACUCUGUGGUACUUCAGGGAGGCCCUCUCACUGCCCGCCGAACUGGGCGACAAGCUCCCGUACUUUUUCCACGCAGGAGAGACAGACACCGAGGGCACCGACGUGGACCAGAACAUCCUGGACGCUCUGAUCUUCAACACCUCACGCAUCGGGCAUGGCUACGCUCUGGCGCACCACCCGCUCGCCAGAGAACUCUCCCGGAAAAGGAACGUGGCCGUGGAGCUGUGUCCCAUCUCCAACCAGGUUUUGAAGCUGGUGUUGGACCUUCGGAACCACCCUGCCGCCGUGCUGAUGUCAGAGGGUCACCCGAUGGUCAUCAGCUCGGACGACCCGUCCAUGUUCGGCAACACGGGUCUGUCCUACGACUUCUACCAGGCCUUCGUGGGCAUCGGCGGGUUGAAGGCAAACCUGGGCACCCUGAAGGAGCUGGCAGCCAACUCCAUCAGGUUCAGCUCGCUGCCAGAGCGGCUCAAGGAAGCAGGCCGGGUCAUGUGGCAGCGCAAGUGGGAGAGCUUUGUUUCCGAUAAUACGUGAUCAGGAUCUGGCAGUGCCCGAGGAAUGUUGUUUUGAGUUGACACGAGCUCAUGACUGGACCGAGUCAAAUCACUCAA